GCCUGCAGAGGCCCCAGUGCCCGGAUGUCUAUCAGGAUUAGCGCGAGCCAAUACGCUCGGAGCCGGAGGCUGCGCUGAGGACGCCCGGGCUCGAGGAGCAGGUAGUCCCGUCACCUCGGGGAGUCGCGCUGGGGAAUCGUCCCCGCCCGGCCCCGGCAAAUGGUGAGCGCGGCGCCGGCAGGAGGGCCGCGGCUUGGAGGCGCUGAUGGACGGCAGACCUUGAGCUCUACAGACUGAAUUAUGGCAGCCCAGUCAAGCAGCUUGUACAAUGAAGACAGAAACCUGCUUCGAAUUAGAGAGAAGGAAAGACGCAACCAGGAAGCUCACCAAGAUAAAGAGGCAUUUUCUGAAAAGAUCCCCCUUUUUGGAGAGCCAUACAAGACAGAGAAAGGUGAUGAGCUAUCCAGUCGGAUACAGAACAUGCUGGGAAACUAUGAAGAGAUGAAGGAGUUCCUCAGUAGCAAGUCCCACCCCCAGCGCUUGGAUGCUUCCGAAAAUAGGCUGGGGAAGCCGAGAUACCCUUUAUUUCCUGAGAAGGGGAGCAGCAUUCCACCCCACUCCUUGCACACCAGUGUCCACCACCAGCCCGUUAACACUCCUGCCUGUGGACCACUUCCUGCUGGUAACAUCGGCCACCACCCAAAGAUGGCACAGCCAAGAAUGGAACCAAUGCCAAGUCUCCACGUCAAAAGCUACGGCCCACUGGACAGCCAGCACCUGACCCAAGAGCGCCUCGGUCAGGAGGGGUACGGCUCUAGUCAUCACAAAAAGGGUGACCGCAGGGCUGAGGGAGACCACUGUGCCCUGAUGACAGACUCCGCUCCAGAGAGGGAGCUUUCGCCUCUCUUCUCUUUGCCUUCCCCGGUGCCCCCUUUGUCUCCUGUACAUUCCAACCAGCAGACUGCUCCCAGGACGCAGGGAAGCGGCAAAGUUCCCAGCAGUAGCAGUAGCAGUAAAGGCUACUGCCUGGCCAAGUCUCCCAAGGACCUCGCGGUAAAGGUGCAUGAUAAGGAGACCCCUCAAGACGGCACAGUGACAGUGGCCAGCCUCGGGGCAGCCCCUCAGCCACCUUCUCAGACUUUCCCCCCGCCCUCCCUCCCCUCAAAAAGCCUUGCAAUGCAGCAAAAGCCCACGGCUUAUGUCCGGCCCAUGGACGGUCAAGACCAGGCUCCUAGCGAGUCUCCUGAACUGAAACCUCUGCCGGAGGAGUACCGGCAGCAGACCUUUGAGAAAUCAGACUUAAAAGUGCCUGCCAAAGCCAAGCUCACAAAGCUGAAAAUGCCUUCUCAGUCAGUCGAGCAGACCUACUCCAAUGAAGUCCAUUGUGUUGAAGAGAUUCUGAAGGAAAUGACCCACUCAUGGCCUCCUCCUUUGACAGCAAUACACACGCCUAGUACAGCUGAGCCCUCCAAAUUUCCUUUUCCCACAAAGGAUUCUCAGCAUAUCAGUUCUACAGUCUCAAACCAAAAACAAUAUGAUACAUCUUCAAAAGCUCACAGUAAUUCUCAGCAGGGAACAUCCAUGCUCAAAGAUGACCUUCAGCUCAGUGACAGUGAGGACAGUGACAGCGAUCAAACCUCAGAGAAGCCUCCUUUCGCACCUGCACCUCCAAGCGCUCCGCCGGCGCUGCCAGCAGCCGCGGCCUCAGCACAUUCCAGCAGCGCCGAGUCGGAGAGCACCAGCGACUCCGACAGCUCCUCGGACUCGGAGAGCGAGAGCAGCUCCAGCGACAGCGAGGAGAACGAGCCCCGAGAAGCCCCGGCUCCCGAGCCCGAGCCUCCGACAACCAACAAAUGGCAGCUGGACAACUGGCUGACCAAAGUCAGCCAGCCCGCGGUGCCGACCGAGGCCCCGGGUAGCACGGAGCCCCCGGCCAGACACCCGGACACUAAGGGCAAGGGCGGCGACAGCGCCACCGCGGGCCACGAGCGCCCAGAGUCCAAAGAGCCUCCCCCCAAAGGCUCCAGCAAAGCCCCCCGGGUCCCUUCCGAAGGCCCCCACGCGGGCAAGAGGAGCUGUCAGAAGUCCCCUGCCCAGCAGGAGCCCCCCCAGAGGCAAACCGUGGGAAGUAAACAGCCCAAAAAACCCAUCAAGGCUUCCGCCCCCGACCACGCGGAUGCGCCUGCGGAAGUGCGCGUCUGCCUGGAGGUGGAGAGAGAGCCCGGACUUCCUCCCCCGGCCUCCAAGGCCCAGCCCUCCAAAGACAAGCCCAAGGUGAAGACGAAAGGGCGGCCCCGCGCCGCAGACAGCCGGGAGCCCAAGCCGGCGGUGCCCGCCCCCAGCGACCGGAAGAAGCACCGCAGCGGCCCCCCGAAGGCGCCCCCGAAGGACGCGGCGCCAGAGGACCGGAGUCCCGAGCACUUUGCGCUCGUUCCCUUGACCCAGAGCCAGGGCCCUGUCCGCGGUGGCGGCAGCGGUGCUGGCGUCAGGACUAGUGGCUGCAGGCUGGCCGUGGUGGUCCAGGAGGACCGCCGCAAGGACAAACCCCCGGUGCCUUCGAGAGACACCAAGCUGCUCUCCCCGCUCAGGGACGCUCCGCUGCCGCAAAGCUUGGUGGUGAAGAUCACUCUCGACCUCCUGUCUCGGAUACCCCAGCCCCCAGGGAAGGGCAGCCGCCCAAAGAAACCGGAAGACAAACAGCCACCAGCAGGGAAGAAGCCAGAUCCUGAGAAGAGAAGCUCAGAAAACGCCAGCAAGUUGGCCAAAAAGAGAAAGGGUGAAGCAGAAAAAGACCACGAUAGCAAGAAAGUCAGGCUGGAGAAGGAAGUCAAGUCACAGCCGUCAUCUUCCUCUUCCCACAAGGAACCUUCCAAAUCAAAAAUGUCCAGGCCCUCCUCGGAGCCCUCAAAGAAGGAAAUGCUUCCCCCUUCACUCGUGUCGUCCUCGUCCUCGUCCUCCCAGAAGCCAGCCAAACCUGCACAGAAGAGGCCAAGGCAGGAAGACCCCGGCGGCCAGGACCCCCCCAAAAGUGCCAGUAGUACCAAGGGCAGCCACAGAGACCCUUCCGCCUCCAAACACAGAAAAGCAGAGGGGAAGGUCUCGGGAAGCUCCACAGAACACAAGGGAUCUUCUGGAGAUACUGCAAACCGUUUUCCAGUGCCUUCUUUGCCAAAUGGUAACUCCAAACCAGGGAAGCCUCAUGUGAAGUUUGACAAGCAACAAGCCGAUUUUCACCUGAAGGAAGCCAAAAGAUUGAAGGACAAAGCAGAAUUAGUGACGGACAAGGUCGGGAAGGCUUUUAAAUACCUGGAGGCUGCCUUGUCCUUCAUUGAGUGUGGCAUCGCCAUGGAGUCGGAGAGCCCCGGGUCCAAGUCGGCAUACUCCAUCUACUCGGAAACCGUGGACCUCAUUAAGUUCAUAUUGUCAUUAAAAUCCUUCUCAGAUGCCACAACACCAACACAGGAGAAGAUAUUUGCUGUUCUAUGCAUGCGUUGCCAGUCCAUUUUGAACAUGGCAAUGUUUCGUUGUAAAAAAGAUAUGGCAAUAAAGUAUUCCCGCACUCUUAACGAACACUUCUUCAAGACUUCUUCCAAGGUUGCCCAGGCACCUUCUCCAUGCAUUGCAAGAGGCACAGGCACACCGUCCCCCCUCUCUCCGAUCCCUUCUCCAGCCAGCUCCAUAGGGUCCCAGUCAAGCGCCGGCAGCGUGGGGAGCGGGGCACUGCCCCCCACCAUCAGCACCCCAGUCACCAUCCAGAACAUGACAUCCUCCUACGUCAGCAUCACUUCCCACGUCCUCACCGCCUUUGACCUGUGGGAACAGGCUGAGGUCCUAACCAGGAAGAACAAAGAAUUCUUUGCUCAGCUCAGCACAAGUGUGUGCGCUUUGGCCCUCAACAGCAGUUUGAUGGAUCUGGUGCACUAUACAAGACAGGGUUUCCAGCGGCUAAAACAAGUAACCAAAACACCUUAACGGAGGCCCAGGUGGAUUCGAUGCCUUGGGAACUAUUUUGCACAUUGGAAGCCUCAAAACAGUCCAGACGUUUGUCUCUUUAGAAUACCAAACUCAAGAAGAGAAGCACCAUGAGGUGGCCAGGAUGUUUGUUCACUGAAGCUUGAGAACUGCGGGAUCGCUGGUGGGACAGGAUGGUUUUGCAGAAGCAGAGAGGAAGGAGGCUGGCCUCAGAGAUGAUCUUGCCUUUCCUAACUAAAGGAUGGAAGUGCAAUGUAGCCUGAGUGGGCGUAUUCUUGGUCUAGAAACAUUUCCAUAUUUUUUUUUAACCAGCAGAAUGCGAAUGAAAUGAGGAGAAGCAAUUUCAACUCUGAAAUCAAAUUCACAUCAUCUCAGUAGCCACAUUAGUUCAUUCCCAGAAGGAAUUUUUUUUUUUUUUAAACCAGUGAGUUGUGGUGUAGGGUUUUGUGGGUAAUUUGUUUUUUUAAGUUGUGGGGGGAGUAUUUGUUUAAUAAAUUCUAAUGGUCAUCUAUAAAACAUGAGUUGUGGAGGACUCCGCCAUACCCCACUUCCUGCCAAUGAACAAUGGCUCUGAUAAUACCAGGUAUUGUCCUAGUAUAUAAAGUUGAAAGCACCCCCCGCUGCCUGGACACUGCACGUGCAGCCCAGCUCCGAGUUCCCCGUUCCGGUGCUGGAAGGCGGCCCUGACAGAGCUACAGCAUCUGCAUCUCCGCCCGCAUCUCCACCGCCAGCACCGCCCGCAUCUCCACGUGCCACGUGCUGUGGAGGGCCUACUGCCGCUGUCCUGUCCCCUGCUCCGGCGAGAGGCAGUCACAUUGACUGUAUUCUGCAUUUUCUGCUUUGGGGAAGAGGGGAACCAACGCUUACCCGUGACCAGAGGGUUGAAACGCUUCUUAAUUUUUGUGAAGUAGAGCUGGAUUUUGAGGUGCUGCUCUGUGGCCUAGUUGUGCGGAAACUUACGUUGUCUAACCGACUCAGAGUUUUGUCAGCGAACAAAGAAAAAGGAAAUCUACUUCUUAGAGAGGCUAUAUUUUUCUGCUACGAAUUACUUUAUAUUUAUAGCAAAACUAGACUUUGAGAGCCGUUGAUUGUCUUUGUCUAGGGGAAGUUAACUCCCUGAGAGGCUGUGGAGAUUAGGGGUAGUUAAUUGGACUUAAAAAUAAUAAUAAAGUCACCGCAUGCCUUCACUCCAGAGUGCACACUGUCAACUGGAUUUGAUUAGACUGAAGAGGAUCUGUGGCCUUCCUGUAAGUUGUUUUUGCCAGAUUCUAUACAUUAAGCCAAGUUUAUUUUGAAUGACCUAAAAGUGGGGGAAAAAAAAGAACAACAAAAAUAUGAAACCCCAGAAUUCCCACAUAUCCAUAAGCACAGAUUUUUUUCAUUGAAACUUUGAGGGUUAUUAUUGGAAGCAUUAUUACGAAUGUAGUAUUUUUAGAAGCUAAUUCUUUUUAUCCCUUUUAGAAGUAGAAUUUGCACAUGUAUCACAAUUGAGGAGUGUUACCGCUGCAGCUGGUUUAUUUUUCUUCCUUCGUCCCAUUCCACUUCCCUGCGUGUUGUUUCCUCCCAAGCGUGUUGGACAUUGUCAUAUUUAUUUAUUAGUGAAGAAAGGCGUGCCAUCUUUAUUUAUAAUGAAGAGGUCUAAAGUCCAUACGAUGAAUGUAAGAACUUUCUUGGUAACUAUGUAAAAGGGAUGUAGAGAGGACGGGAGUGAUGCUUAUUUUUCGCAAUAUAAAUUGUUUGUGUGAAGCUGUUCCUUCCAUGUCGUUUAUUAUCCAGCCUGUUCUUUGGUUAUCACCAGCUUAGGUUAGAGCGAGAGAAUUACAAUAGCAGUAAUAACUGAUGUGCGAUCUUGAUGGACCGAUGUCAUCUAUUGCUGCUCUAAGGCAGAGCCACGAUCCUUUCUAAACUCCUCGUUUAAAAAGCAGCCUGUUACAUGAACAGUAAUUGCCUGGAAGGUCGUGUGCUUGCAGCACUGUGUCAGGCUCUUCUGUGUAGGAGACGAGACACCAGAAUCAGGCUUCUGUGGUUACUAAACACCUUCUUUCCCCUCUUACUCCCGGCCCCUUCACCCCAUCACUCCCCAGGGCAAGCCACCUGUCAGUAUGGAAGGGUGUGUUCUUAAGGACAGACUCUGAUCUAUGCAGACCAUGCCGAGUGUGUGUGUCUCGUCAGGAGCCGAGUGCCCCCGAACUGAAGACAUUUCCCAAGUCUUCCCAAGACAUUUCCCAAGUCAGUUUCCUAGCCAUUUCUAGAAGAGGUGAUUGCUUUUUCAGCAGCCUUAUGCUUUGUGUGUGUGUCUUUUCCACCCUGACCUUUAUAUGAAGAUUUUAUUUGUCCCUUGCAGAGAUCAGUUUGUACUAUUUUGAUCAUGGAGUAUUUCUGAUUCUUAAUUGCAACAUGCAUUGUACCCAAAAGAAUUCUUAAUGGCAACUUUUAAAAUAGAGAAUGUAAAAGGGUAGUGGCUGAUAAAUCCUUCAUGUUCAUAAUGUCUUUUCACUGUUACAGUUGUAUAUAGAAACCUAAAGGAUUUUUAAGUCAUAUGCACUUUUUCAUUGCAUGCUUAAUUUCCCAAAGGCAAAAUUUGUACUGCAGUAGAUAAUUGAAGGGACUAGAUUAUAAAAUUAAGCCUUUGAAUAUGUGAAGUUCUCAUAACAACCAUAAUAGUACACACUUCGCGGUGAGGCAAAUGCAGAACAUCUUGCGUGAAAAAUGGAGUGUAAAAAUUUUGCCUUUGGCACUACAGUUUCGUGUUUGUAUGUGUGUGUAUGUAUGUGUGUCUGUCAAUCUUUACUAGGAAAUGGAGGAACACUGUUUUACUUAUAAAAUGUUGAAUGUUUCUGUCCUUCCUGGAGAUAAUUAAAAUGUGAAUCACUGAAUUUAAGGUUUUAGCCAGACUGAGGGCCCUGAUAAACAAUGAAAGACAUUUCACUGAAAUUUACCAAAUUACACUGGGUUAAGAAUGUGAAACGUUGGCCAUGUGCCAUCUAUGGUAGAAGAUGGGAGGGUCCACCUGGCAUGUUAUCAGGAGUAGAGCUAUAGCAGAAGGAUGACUUAGCUGAUGCUAUGAUUUAACCUCAAUACUGAAUGGAAAAAGCAUCUUUUUUUUUUUUUUU